AAAAAAAGAGCCAUUUUUCUUCUUUACUUUUUUUUUUUUUUUUUUUAACGAAAGUAGCAGUUGGAUUUAAUUUUUCAAUUAUUGUUGCUUUACGUGUAAUCUUCUCCAAUUUUCCCCAUCAAGGGAAAGAAAAAGAAUACAAUAUUUUAUGGGGAAAAUUCAACCCCUGAUACUGUAAGUUUUGUCAGAGCUUUUUUUGGCAAAUAUGGGACAGAAAAUGAACUUUGCUUAUUUGGGUAUUUGAAGGUAACAGAGGAGGAAGCUGAAAACUUUUUCUGUUUUGUGAUUUUGAUUAUUUAAUGGGCUAUGCUGGAAUCAGAGGGUUGUGGAUUGUUUCCCUUUGUGAAUAGGUUGUGGAAUGUCCCUGUAUCUAUAAGGUGAUUGAGGGUUGGCUUCUUUUAAAAGUUUGGGAAUUGAUUGGUUUUUGGGUCUUGAAAUUGGGAUUGGAGUUUGAGUGAUGGAUGAAGCACAGGGAAAUUCAAGUUCCCUGCCUCCUUUCCUGGCAAAGACUUAUGAGAUGGUGGAUGAUCCUUCCACGGAUCCAAUUGUUUCUUGGAGUGCCACUAACAAAAGUUUCGUUGUAUUGAAUCCCCCAGAAUUUGCAAGGGAUUUGUUGCCUAGGUUCUUUAAGCACAAUAACUUCUCAAGUUUUAUCAGGCAGCUGAACACAUAUGGAUUUAGAAAAAUCGACCCAGAACAAUGGGAAUUUGCCAACGAUGAUUUUGUUAGAGGACAACCACAUCUUAUGAAGAAUAUCCAUAGGCGAAAGCCGGUUCAUAGCCAUUCCUUACAGAAUCUCCAAGCACAAGUCCCACUAACGGAGUCAGAAAGGCAAAGUCUAAAUGAUGAAAUUGAGAAGCUUAAACAUGAUAAAGAACGACUUGGUAUGGAGUUACAGAGAUAUCAACGUGAGUGGCAAUCAUAUGAGAUACAAAUAAAUUUCUCAAAAGAUCAGUUGGAGAAGUUGGAGCAGAAGCAACAAAAGAUGGUCUCUUCUGUUUCUCAAUUAUUGCAGAAACCUGGAAUUGCUGUUAAUCUACUGCCACUGACAGAAACCAUGGAUAGAAAACGAAGGUUGCCAAGAAGUGUCUACUUUAAUGAUGAGUCUAGCAUUGAUGGUGCUAUUGAAACUUCUCAAAUGUUACCCAGAGAAAAUGCAGAGAGUACCUCUGGUUUGACAUUAAACAUGGAGAGAUUGGAUCAGCUUGAGUCAUCCCUAGUGUUUUGGGAGACUAUUGCACACGAUGUUGCUGACACCUUAGUUCACAUUCAUUCAAACAUGGAUUUUGAAGAAUCUACAGCUUGUACUGAUAGUCCAUCUAUAUCUUGUGUGCAACUAGAUGUUGAGCUUCGGCCUAAGUCAUCUGGAAUUGACAUGAACUCUGAGCCAACUGCAGCUGCUGUUCCUGAGCCCGUUGCAUCAAAAGAAAAACCUGUGGGAACCGCCACUGCAGCAACUGGUGUCAAUGAUGUAUUCUGGGAACAAUUCUUGACAGAGGAUCCUGGUGCAUCAGAAGCUCAAGAAGUGCUGUCAGAAAGAAAGGAUAUUGAUGGCAGAAAGAAUGAAGGAAAACCUAGUGACCUCGGUAAAUUUUGGUGGAACAUUCGGACUGCAAAUAACCUUCCAGGACAGAUGGGACAUGUUGUUCAAGCUGAGAAAACUUAGUGGCAAUUGAUUAUUUCUUCUUGCUUGUGAUUCCCCUCAAUCACAUGUAAUAAAUCUAGGUAUGCAUGGUUUUCUAUGCAAUAAUAGAUCGAUAUUCCAUAUUUUGAGUGGGAUGAAUGUUUGUAUCCUCCUUUGAUUUUAGUCAAUUAUACUGCUUUUUGGUAUCUUUUAGUUCUAUUAUGCCACAACCGGCCUGUAUGGCUGUAUUGUGUAAGGUUUUGAAUUGUAACCAUAUCAUGCGGCUGCAAUAUUGCACCACAAUUGCAACCA